UGCCCGACUCAGGGAUACCCUAGACAUUUUGCUACCAACAACGAUGCGCCCGCUUGCUUAGCUUUACAUUUUUUACUUGCACUUCCUUCACUUUAUAUGACUCAUCAUCAUCGUCAGAAAUUAAUUUAUACUAUCCAAGCACCAGGAGAUUCUUCAUUCCAUUCUGAGAUCGACGCCUCAAUAAAGACGAACAGGGCUAGAUGGGGCUAGAUAAUCUAGAUGAUUAGACUAUUGAUGAUUAUUGAUGGUCAUCAUGAAUUUGUAUAUACUUUAUAGGGUCGCAAAUGCAUUUUUCUUCGGCCUGUUACAUGCGUCUGCACAAAACCAAUAUACCCCUUGUACGCAUUUUCAAUAGGUGCAGACCAUAAACGAAAAUGAGAGUCUAAAUGUGAGUAAAGUAUAAAAUGGGUGCGUUUCGCUGUUUUUGAACAGUUAUUGAAUAUCUUUUGCUGAUUCCUGUCAGCAAUGUUUGCGACUCCACUGCGGCAGAUCAGGAGCCAGAAGGGGCCAGAGGUGGGCGGCCCGGAGCAAGGUCAAAGGUACAAAAUACUCAACAAGGGCUAUGGCAAGGAUGCAUUCAAGCUGAUGUAUGUGAAACGCCACGGUUCGGUGCACAGCAUUCAGGAAUUCCAGAUGAGCACACACCUGAAGCUGAGCAGCAGCAAGGACUAUUUGUAUGGCAACAAUGCGGAUAUUGUGGACACAGAUGCGCAGAAGAAUCUCGUUUUCGUACUGGCCAAGAAGCAUGGCAUCGAUAUUCCUGAAAAGUUUGCCCUGCUCGUGGCCAGGCAUAUUCUUAGCACAUAUGCGCACGUGGAGGAGGUGCAUGUGCACAUGGAUACGUUGCCCUGGCAGCGCAUGCGCAUGGAUGACGCCGCCAAGCAGGGCGAGAGUAGCGCUUGUCCCAGAACAAGCGACAGCUCCCAGCUGCACAAUCACGCCUUCAUCUUGCAGCCCUCGGCGCAACAUUUUUGCGACGUGAUCCUUACACGACAAGAUUCCAAGCCGACAGUCUUUACGGGCAUCAAAGGACUGCGCCUCCUGAAGACCACCAAGUCCUCGUUUGUGAAUUUUGUGGACGACGAAUAUCGCACGCUGCCGGAUCUGCCCGAUCGCACGCUCUGCACAAGUGUGGACAGCUCCUGGGAGUACUCGGACAUUGAGACGGCCGAUUUUUCGCGCACCUGGCAGAUUGUCAAGGAUGUUGUGCUCAAGAGCUUUGCCGGCGAUCCAAAGGAGGGCAUCUCCUCGACUUCGCUGCAGAACACAAUGUAUUUAAGAAUUAAAAUUAUCGAGCACCUGCUGCCGCUCGAUCUGGUGCCCCAGGUGUCGCUCAUCUCAUUCACCAUGCUCAAUUUGCACUACGGCAAAUUCAAUACGCAGCCCUUCCAACAAUUGGUGCCAGGCGAGAAUAACGAUGUGCUCGAACCGGUCGACAAGCCAUUUAGCACCGUCUAUGUUCAGCUCGCACGUUAG